AUGUCCUGGUUUGGUGGCCUUGGCUGCAGUUUAGGCCAUUCCCUGGGGCAAGUGGGUGGUACUGUGGCCUCUUUAACAGACUGUGUUUCUAGUUUCACAAAAGAUGUGCUGAGGAAGGGAGCUGGAAAGGUAGAAGAACUCCUUGACACUGCAAGAGAGGAGGUUGUGGACUUUGAAUCAGUCUUAAAAGCAGAGAUUAAGAGGCUUCGAAUUCUUUGUAGCGAUCUAGAAGAGAAGUAUGAAGCGUCAGAGCUUCAGCUGAAGCUGCAAACCGCUAGCUACAGACAUCAGUUACACCAGAAAGAUGUAGAAAUCAAACUUCUGACAGCAAGACAGGCAGCAAUGAAGGAGGAGUUGCUAAAGCUGCAAUCAGUCACCCACUCAGUAAAUCUUCAUGAUAGCUUUCAGCCCUCAACUCCUGAACCCUCAUCACUGGGUUAUGAUGUCUAUCAGCACGGUUCAGCUUUCCAGAAUGAUGAUAUGGAUUUCGCUGAUCUAAUUUGGUCACAACAAGAAAUAAAUAGAUUGUCAAAUGAAGUUUUAAGACUUGAGGCUGAUGUCAGCCAUUGGAGACAUUUUGCUCAAACUUCCACAGCACAGGGAGCAGAUAGUUUUAAUCUAAAGGAAAUCUAUAAACUGCAAAAUACUAUCAAGGAACUUGAAGAGAAUCGAAAUAAGGAAAUUGAUGACCAUCAACUUGAAAUGGCAGCACUGCAGGAAAUUCAUCAGCAGAAACUGGCAGAAAUAAGUAGCAGGCAUCGAAAACAAUUAAAGGACUACGAGGAGAUGAUUCAUGAUAUGCAAAAAACUAUUCAAGUUGUAGCUGCUGAAAAAGUAACAUCUACCAAGAAAAUCAGAGGACUUGAGAUUAGAGUAAAAUACCUUAAAAAAAAAUUAUCUUCUGUAGAAAAGGAAAUGGAUGCUUUAGUUAGAGAUCAAGACCAGGUAAAUGAAACGAAUAAAAAAUUUAAAAAAGGUGAGUUGAAGCCUUCUAUUAAGCAUAGUGAUGCUGUGACAGAAAAUGAAAAAGUUCUUCCACAGAGAACAUCCCUGGAAGAAGCAUCCAGACAACAACAGCCACUGUCUGACGCUGAAAAUGAAAUGAUGAGAUUAAGUAGUUUGAAGCAGAAUAAAAAUCUCAUUGAAGAGAACCUGAAACUUCAAAAACGAGCCCAAGUUUUGGAAAAAGAAAAUUCAUUAUCAAAUAGAGAAAAGGAAGAACUUCAACUAUCACUUGUCGGAUUGAACAAUGAAUAUGAACCCAUUAAAAGCUCAACUAUAGGACACAUGAACUUGGAUUCAGAAGUACAUCAUUUAAGAUAUGACUUGGAAAUCAAAGAAGGAAAACUCAAUGAGAACACUGCUGAAAAGAAAUUACUGAUCCCUGAGUUAGGAGAGCUGGACAGGCAGAAACAAAAACGACAAUGUGUGUGGUUUUGA